GCCAAUGCACGGGCGGGGAGGCACAGCCGGGGAAGGAGCCGGCGAAAACAUCAAUCCCAACUUUCUCACCUUGAAGAGAACCGAGCGCUCCCGAUGUGUCCCCUCCUGUCGCCCUCCCUGCCAGCCCAGCCUCCCCAGGAGGGCCGUCCGACGGCCCGGGCUCGCCGCGGCAGCUGUCCCCUGUCCCUCGAGGGKCAGAAACGCGAGUAGGGGGUUCCCCUGGGGACAGCCCCCCUCGGUCCCUGCYGUCCGGAGCCGCGGGCAGGGGCGCUGAGCGGCGGGGCUGGAUGCGGCUGCCAUGGGGCGCGGGGCWCCCCUCGGACCGCGGCUCCUGCGGGCGCUGCUGCUGCUCGCCCUGUGCCCCGCGGCUGGCAGCACCUGGAUGUGGCUGGGCAUCGCCGCCGCCGGCGGCCCCGACGGUCCGGGCUGCUCCAGCCCUCCGCUGAGCCGGCGGCAGCAGGACCUGUGCGAGCAGAAGCCGGAGCUGGUGCCCGCGAUCCGGGAGGGAGCGCGCCUGGGUCUCCAGGAGUGCCGCAGCCAGUUCCGACACGAGCGCUGGGACUGCCGCUCGCCGCCCGCCGCCCGCCGCGGCACCGCCARCCCCGCCGGCCCGGGCCAGCAGCUCAGCAGCGGCACCAAGGAGACGGCGUUCAUCUCGGCAGUGAUGGCAGCAGGGCUCGUGCACUCGGUGACGCGCUCGUGCAGCGCAGGAAACAUGACCGAGUGCUCCUGCGACCUCACCCUGCGGCACGGCGGCUCGGCCAGCGAGGGCUGGCACUGGGGCGGCUGCUCGGAYGACAUCCACUAUGGAAUGUCCUUCAGCAGAAAGUUCCUGGACGUGCCUUUCAAGAACAUGACAGGCAAGAGCGGGAGYGGACUGGUGGCGAUGGACCUGCACAACAACGAGGCUGGCAGGCAGGCUGUAGCCAAGCUGAUGUCUGUGGAUUGUCGUUGUCACGGUGUUUCUGGGUCCUGUGCUGUGAAAACUUGUUGGAAAACCAUGUCCUCCUUUGAAAAGAUUGGCCGGUUUUUAAAGGAUAAGUAUGAAAACAGCAUACAGAUAUCAGACAGACUGAAAAAAAAGCUUCGCAGGAAAGAGAAAAGCCAGAGAAAAAUACCAAUUGGGAAAGAGGACCUGCUGUAUGUGAACAAAUCACCCAAUUACUGCGUCGAAGACCAAAAGCUGGGGAUCCCUGGAACUCAGGGAAGGGAAUGUAACCGCACGUCGCAGGGACCCGAUGGCUGUAACCUGCUGUGCUGCGGGCGCGGGUACAACACCCACGUUGUCAGGCAUGUGGAGCGCUGCGAGUGCAAGUUCGUGUGGUGCUGCUACGUGCGCUGCCGGCGCUGCGAGACCAUGACUGAUGUGCACACCUGCAAGUAAGGUGAAGGGCAGCAAGCACAAACCAUCCACCCUGUUUGAUGCACACGGCUGCUGCAGGGCAGCAAUCGCUGCUUCCAUGCGGGAUUUCAGAGGGAUGGGCCUCGGGGGRAACAGGUACUGCCAGACAACGGGAAGGGCGAGCGUGCGGCGACCGAAACAAYAGCUGAGUAAACAUCAGCAUGCAGGGACAGCUUAAAUAGAAAAAAGGACUCCUGAUGACAUGUUUGAACGUGUUACUCCAUGAGCAGGGACAGAUGCUAAAGUUUUCAAGUUUUUAAUAGCCACAAURUCCUGAGGACCCAUGUGGUGGGUAGGUACAGUGGAGAAAUCUCAAAAUCUCAUUAGCCAGAGACUGGAGAGUUAAAAGAGUUUGUAAGGUACAUUAGAUACAGUCCCUAUGUCUGYGCUUUUAAAACUGGGACUAGAUGGAUCCACUAGAUAGUUAAUUUCUGCAGACUUCAGAAAAACGCACAAAGAUAGGGGAGGAGUUGAGCUGUUGACCACAAAGCAUUUGCUUCGCAGCCGUUCGGAAAGCUGCCUUGUGCUUAAUGUGCAGAAAAGCGUCUGGAGCUGAGGAACGUGUGUGACUCAGAGCUCAGCACUGCCUGCCUGGAAAAGGAGAGUCAAGCUGUGCCCAGGGGAGAGGGGCAGGAGCACAGCUCGGGGAGUGUGAACGGGGUACCAAAUAGCAACCUCGGGAUUUUUAACAGGUUGUCCUUCAAAUGCACACGGGACAGGUCUGAGGGGGAUGGAAAUACAGUUUGGUAUUUGAAGGAAAUAAAACCCCUUGCAGGCAUUGCCGCAGUGUCUGAGCACACAUUUUGUGAGUCAGCUGGUCAUCACCCCACUGUUGAAUUCUCUACAAUAACCUGCCACAUUCAACCAUCUUACUAGUGGUUCAGCAUCAUUAUCAAAAUUAACCACAUGAGAUUUAGCCCAAAGAAAUCUGCCAUAAAGCAAAAGAUUUUUUAAAACAUAUUUUCUUUAUAGUCAGCAGCUAGAAUUUUUCCUUAGGUUGCAUYCUCACUAAGUUCAAUGCACAAUGUAAUUUAUGGAUUGGCUCACACCACUAAAAUAUUUAAACUGAUGRUGAUAACAUUUUCUCUGGUACCAUAUGUUGGCUUAAUUUUAUUUUACAUCUCUGAAAGGCCGUUUAUUUUUAUGCAGUGAUUUAAUGCCUGGUUUAAAAAGCAUCAUGUGAAAGGAUUACUGUUGUUUAAUUAUGCAAAGACCUAUUUUUGAUAAGACAAGAAAGUUUAUAUUUUGUAAAUAUUUAAAUUAUGCAAGUUAUGUAAAAYGUUUCCAAAACUAAUGUGAUAAGGCUACAGCCCUCGAUAUUUGUUGGUUAGAUAUUUGUUAAUAUUGUAGUAGCCUUUAAUUGAUUUUUAUUUGCAUAUGCUGAGGAAAAUUAUUCAGACAACUGCAUAAAUGUUGGGGUUUUUUACCAUCAGGGUGGUUACAAUUAUUGCAGUUAAUACACACUGAUGAGAAACUGUUACUAUGAUUUUCUGAAUGGUCAGUUAAAUUUAUUCUGCAUACUUUAUUAUUCUCUAAAGUGCAUUUUACAAACACUGAAAUCCCAGUUCCAGCAGUAAGUGCUCCCACUGACAAGGGAACUUGGAAGGUUUCACAAUCCCUUAACUUGUUCCAUACUAACAGCCAGUUUUUAGAAACUUGGGACAGUUUGGCUAAGGCUUUCAAAGUUACUUUGAAGAAUUCAUUUCCUAGUUGUCAGUUAUUUUCCCAGGAAAGAUGGUGACCAGAUUCCAAACUGUCACUCCUUAUUGGAUGUGUAGGUCAGGAAGAAGGAAGCAAAAUCUUCUAYGUUGUGGUAUUUCACUGCCUUAUGUGGAUUACUUUAGGAACAUCAGUUCAGCAGCAAUGAAGUCCUUUAUCUGCUGGUUCUUUUUGGACCUUUACUCUACAUUUGGCCAGCCUGUCUCCAUUGGCCUGACCAAUGUUAUCAUGAGACCACAAAAUCUGCUGUCAGGGGGAAAGAUGCUCAGCAAUGCCAGUCAGUGUCACAGGAGGAUUCAACACCCUCUCUUGUGAAAACUUGGAUGGGGAGGACACAUCAUGGUAGAAGACCCUGAAGAGACAGUUGUGACCCCAGGGUAUUUCAGUUUUGCAGCAGUGAAAGUAAACCCACAGGUUGUGCCACARGACGCAGUGACAGCGUGGAUGGGAGAUGAUCGUGGUCACUUUCCAGCCAAGAACAUUUGGAUGGCACACAAACCAACCUACCUAGAGUGACAGGUAACAAUAGGAAGAGAUAUCUGAGGAAUCUGUUUUAACCUGCAUCUGUGAAGGAUGCUUUAGAUCUCUGUACCGUUGAAAGGGCUACUACAGAGGCAGCAAGGAGGAACUGAAAGUGGCUUUAAAUUAAUGUAAUCAGAAAUGCAAAUAAACGUCUCAAGUGGAGCGUGUUCUCUCUUGCCACUCCUCACUUUUGCACCCCCAGGGAGGCAGGAGCAGGAUGUGGCUGAGCUCUGGUGUUUGUGCCCUGCUGACCCGUUGCUCAGAGGGUGAGAGCAGGGUCCCUUGCAUGCCUUGUACAGCACCAGRAGCCACUGACACCCUGUGUUAUCAGUGAACAGGCCAAGAGCUGUUCCACACUUUUCAGCCUCAAAGUUCUCACCUAGCCUUACAGGUUUCUUUGACUUUCUGUAACAGACCCYUUGUAUUAAGGCUGGGAUAUGGCCUUGCAGCCAUAAAACUGAAAAGGAUUUCAUCACUAAAAAGUCCUUUGCUUAGUACCCACCUUAGCCAUGACCCAAAUCAGUCAGGGAGAGACCGCAGCCCUUCCCAUCCUUACACAGGGAAGUCAGUCAGCACUUAAUGGUGGCAGUAUUAUUUCCCCUUCUGAAAUUACCCACCUGGCCUCUUAUUUUAUUAAUACACUUAUUCUUGAAAAACACUCUGACUGCAGAAAACCCAAACAGCUCAGGAGACAUUACGCAAACAUCAAGCAUUUAGCAGUCACUUCAACAUUUGAGAAAACUAAGUGCCACAGUAAGAGAUCUGGAAAGCAAAAUAUACUGAGCAAAAUAAAGCUUUUUCCAAACUAGCAAUCGGGAAACUAAGGCUGUAAAACGGUCUGCUUUUUCCAGAGAAAAUUUAAAAAAAUAUAAGUUGGAUCAUGAAAGACACCAGGAGAGGUCCAGAGGGUACAUCAUGGCAAAGACCCCCUUCAGUUUCCUCCUUAGGACUCCUGUUAAACCAUAUAAAGCAUCACUAGUAAAGGAGUUGAGAGCUGUGGUUUACAUUGAAGUCAUCCUCAGGUGGCUUAAAUCCCAGCUGGGUAUUCCUUGGUGAAUAUUAAGUGAAAACCUUCUUGUGUCCUUCCCCCUCUCACAGCUCCACUUUAGAGGCAGAUGUACUCCACCCCCUUCUCUUCCCUCACUGCUCUGUUCUAAACAAUGGGAACACUGCAAGAUGGUACAAAUGUUCCCAUUACCUUCUGCAGGAAAGCAUGGAUCCUGGAGCUAUCACACACAGGUAUUUGUGCACCUGUACAAAUGCCUUGGUCUCUGCUACUGAUUUCCUACCACCAGCUGUGGGAGACCAGAGAGGCCACAAGAGUCAUCUUUGUGCUUGCAACUCAAAUAAAAUGCAAAUUGGUUACCAGAAGGUCUCACUGCUAAGAUAAGAGUUCAUCUCAGUAGCAGGAUACUGUGAGUUGCCCAUUCAAGGCAGACAUGGCAUGACCAGAUCAUGCAGCAAGUCAACAGACCAUGAGGAUGGACAAAAGCAAGGAGACCCCCUUUGUGUGGCUACUCCAGUAUGACUUUCAAAUAUUUGAUGAGAAUCUUAUUAAAUACAAUACCAUACAGCUGUGAGAACAUGGYUUCAAGAGUAAGAGGAAGAUUUCCAUCAAAAGUUUAAGAAUCAAUUCAAGAUGUAACAAAAAUAAUCCUACCAUUUUGUUGUUUUAAAAUGCAUUGUUUAAAAGGUUUGUUGCAGGUACAACUUCAAGGGGUUAAGAGAAUCAUGAUAUAUUUACUCAACUUGGACUGUUAAUAAAGGCACAUAUUCAUUUAAUUCUGCAGACGAAAUUCAAACUUUUUAAUUUGAAAAAAUAUG